GUUCAACGUCAACUGACACGUUUUAAGGUUAGGAUUAUGGUACCUCAUUAAAAUGAUUUUAUUGAACAUUUAACGUGUUAACUUAAGACUUAUUGUAUUAAAGUAACUCAUUUGUGCCAAAAAUGAUACCUAGAACGUUAUUGUGUACGGUAAUAAUUUUGUUAACUAUAUUGGAAGCACAUUCCCAAUUACUAGAAGGUAUUUAUUGUGGAAAAAGCAAUUGUUACGAUGUCUUGGGAGUUACAAGAGAGUCUACAAAAUAUGAAAUCGCAAAAGCGUACCGAAAACUUGCGAAGCAAUACCAUCCAGACUUACACCGUGAUAAAGAAGCCAAAGAAGCAGCAGAGGAACAGUUCAAAAUAAUUGCCAAUGCUUAUGAUAUCCUCAAAGAUGACGAAUCUCGUUCUGAAUAUGACGAUAUGUUGGAUAAUCCUGAUCAGUUAUAUGCUCACUAUUAUAGGUACUAUAAGAGGAGGAUGGCUCCAAAAGUUGAUGUCAGGAUCGUUCUGGUUGUUACUAUAUCAGUAAUUUCUCUGAUACAGUAUUACAGUGGAUGGCAGCGUUACGAUACAGCUAUUAAAUACUUUAUGACUGUUCCAAAAUACAGAAACAGGGCUCUAGAAAUAGCAAAACAAGACGGACUUCUACCAGACAGUAAGAAAGCUUCCAAAGGUAGAACGAAAAUGCCAAAAGAUAUAGACCAGAUAAUUAAAAAAGUUAUUGAGGACAAAAUGGAUAUUAAGGGCGCUUAUGCCAAGCCACGCAUUACUGACAUUUUAUGGAUUCAAUUGAUAAUGUCGCCAUACACAUUAGCAAAAUAUAUCUAUUGGUAUAUCUCGUGGAUAUGGAGGCAUACGAUACUUAGACAACCCUACAAUGAUGAAGAAAAGCUCUACAUUAUAAGAAAAUACUUGAAGAUGGGCCAGUAUCAAUUUGAUAGUCAAGAAGACGAAAAGAAGGAAGAAUUUUUAAGAAAAGAAUUGUGGAUUAGAGAAAACUUUGAUGAGUGGUUUAAGGAGGAGGAAGAAAACGCAAAAAAACAAUUGGCAGAAAGUAAUAAAUAUAAACAAUAUAGGAGGUACUUAAAGAAUCACGGGGUAGGAAGAAUGACAUUUGAUGACUCUUAAUUUAAUGUAUCUAAACUGAUUAUUUUAAAUAGAGUAGGGUACUGUCUAAAAAUAUUUAUUUUAUUAAAAAUUAAAUCAAUCACUUCUGAGCUUUGUAUUUUUGAAUAUACCCUUCUUUGUUAAACAUCUGUAAAUUAAGAACUUCAAUUAAAAAUGUUACGAUUUA